AGCCCGCAAUUUGCUUGCAUAAGACAGCAGUAUUACACACACACACACACACACACGUAUACUACACAACACACAGACACUGGCAGCUGCUUUUUAUAGCAUACUUUCGAGUGGUGCACAAAUGCUGCCUGCACCUCAGUCUUGUUAGUCAGUGAGCAUCACAACAUGGCCAGCGUUGGAGGCUUGGAUUAUGGCGAUAAGCUGCCACCAGUAGGCAGCGUCACCAGUAGCACUGCUUUGGCUAUACGCAACUCGACAAUUAUAGCACAUCGAUUGUCCAUCUACUUGCCCCAGCUGCUGCUGCCCUCCAGAGAUCCCCAGAAGCUCAUCAUGGAAAUCAAUUGCUAUGUGGCACAGUUUCGUGAGCUACUGAUCUACAUUGGCCAGACUCGAGAUUCGCCCGAGUUGCGCGAGAAGAUUCGACGUCUGCGUCGCAGCUGCGUGGAUGCCUGCAAGCAUUUGGCACAUCUGAUUACGCCACAGCCGCGCCAUUGUCUGGGCAGUCCCAGUGAGCGCAUGCACCUCUCGCUCCUGUUUCUGCUCACCCAGCAGUUUCGGCAUGAGCUCAUCAAGAGCUAUCGUCUCAUCCAGUUGGUGCCGUACGACAUGACCGACUAUUAUGCACCUGCUCGCACUGCGCCCUCGAAUCUGGGCAAUGUGAUUAGCCAGAUAUUGUUGUGCAAGCAAAUCAAUCCGGACUUUCAGCAAGAGGAACUUUGCAGCAUUAGCAAGGAUGCACAAGAGUUGAGCGAGCUGCUCGACGAGCUGCAAUCGCAUUUGCCCAACCCAACUACAGAGACAGCCGAGGAAACUGUCGAGCAAUCCGCUGCGGCUGUCUGCCUGAAUGCACCGCCAGCCUGGUAUACACAACAUCGUCGUCGCAGCUGCCUCAGCCGCAGUCGCAGUCUCUGCUGUUGUUUUAUGCCAUCCCAAGCGAGUUCGUUUUGAAUAAAACAGCAAUCCGAAUGGCAAUCGUAAAUAACUUCAGCCUUAACUUAUCUGCGACGCGCAUGCAGGAAAUUUCGCAUAAAGUUCGCACUUAUAAUGUCGGGAAUUCUCAGUUGUAAAACGCAAAAAAAAAAAUAAGUAGUGCUAUCAGUAGCGAUGAUCAGCGUAACAUUCCAUAGAUUUAAUUAUAUGUAUUUAUUUAGUAAUCUAUUGUUUAUUAUAAUUUAUUGUUGCCAUUCAUGAAAUGCACUUCGAUUAUGUUGUAUUUUUAAAUUUUCCACUAAAUUAGGCAGUCGGGCCACAUUUCAUUUUUUUUAUUUACUCACUCUCGAUACAAGUACUUUCAGCUGUCAUUGUUGAAAACCUGUAGCCAGUCAUAAGGAAGUGAAUGUGGCACACACAAAGCAAUAACAAAUGUGUUUGUUGUUUUGUGUGUGGUGUACCGUUAACGUUGAACGGUGUAACGGUUAAUUAAGGGCAGCUCAAAGAUUUAUAUUAAAAUUUCUCUCUCUUAAUCCCAAUUACCUCAUAAAUAUAGCCAGCCAGCCACGUUGCUUGUUGUCAGUUGCCAUCUGCUGACGGUUGUUGCCAAGUGAUUAAGUGGAAGAGAGCGAAGGCAGAUGUUUGCGUGUUCCACAUUUGAUGUAACGUUGACAGCACUUGUUGUUAUCACUUGAUAAGGACGUAAUCCCCAAUUGCCGGUCUAGUAUUUGAUUAGAUGAUAGUGCAACACCCAUUCACAGGCCCCCUAAAAGCGAGUUAGUUACGAGUAGAGUAGGAAAUACACAAGAUUUUGCAAUUCAGGUUUGCUUUCAUAUAUUGUUGAAUAUAUUUUAAUUUUAAAAAUAUGCUUUCGUCUUUUACAAAACAUAUCUCUACAUUAAAAAUAUAUGUAUAGUAUAUAUUUAUGUGUAUAUGUAUAUACUUUAUGGAGUUCUAUAUAGUAGUGUAUAUAUAUAUAUAUAAGGUAUAAACUUCUAGUAUAUGUCAUAUGGAUUUUCACAGAAAAUCUUCAACUUUCAUUAUUGUUGUUUUUUGAGUAAUGCUUUCUUCUUUUCCCAAUUGUUUUCUCCACCAUUCUUUUUUCUUAUUUUCUUUCUUUUUUUUGCUUAUUUUCUGUUUUCUGCUUGUGCGUUUGUUUUUCUUACAAUCGUGUUGAGCAUUCUGCAUUUUAAUGGAAGAUUCAAAUUUUCUUUAUAGUUUUUCUGUUUUUUUUUCCAACUGGAUGUGCACCAACAAUUGUUACAUAAAUUCUAAGUUUUGUUUUUUGAUUUGUGCACAACAUUUUUUUGGCAACAAUAACUAAAUGUUAACAACAAUUAUUGUUAGAUCGUUGGACUCUGUUUUUUGCUUGUCUCUUUUUCCUUUAGCUACAAUAUUAAAUUCACUAUUUGUUUACAAACUUGUUUUGUUUUACAUUUGUGGCUAAUAUCACCGUUAUCACUGCGCUGUGCUUAAACUUUCUUUUGGUUAAGUUUAAGCUAAAUGUAGUCUUCUCUGAUUCCUCGUAUUCUGUCUACUGCUUCGUGUUGUGUUGUGUGUGAUUAUUACAGUGCAAACAAAUAAUUAAUUAACUGCUUAACGCUAAUUCAACACAUUGCAGAA